AUGUCGAUGGAGCCGUCGGGCGCGGGUCAGGCCGAGCAGGAGAGGCCGCCCAGGCGCCGUCGCCGCAAGUACGACCCUCGGAGGUACAUUAAGACAUCGCGGCGCAGGUCGGGAACCACGCCAAGGAUUGGAAGUGCGCCGCCCAGUGGUUGGCUGUGGAUCUGGAUGGGCCACUUCCGGCGCUGGCACAAGCGGUUCUUCAGCCUGAAGACGCCUGGGACCAUGAAUUAUGCCAAAUCACCGGAGGCGGGGGGAGGGCGGAGGAGGACGAUCACACUGCGGGACGCCAAGGUGCGCGUGGCGCGCGGCAACGCGCGGCAGUUUUGUAUCAUCACACGCGGAGGGGGAAUAGUUUAUCUCAGGGCUAUGGCAAGGGGGGAGAGGGCCCACUGGCUGACGGCUGUCAGGAAAUCCGUGGCGCAAUUUGGGGAGAUUUUGGACAAAGUGGCUGAAUCGGGGGUGGGGGAGGGGGGUGGGGGCCAUAGGAGGGAGUUUUCGGCGUCGCUGGACGUGGAUCCCGAGCAGGCGAGGAUCCAGAGGGAGCUGCGGGCGCGGCUGAGGGCAAGGAUGGCCGGACUGGCGCCCCUGGAGGAGGCGGUCAGGAGGCGGGUGGGCCAGCUGGGCGGAGACAUGGCGCCCAGGGGCCUGGAGAGUGGGUGGGAGGGGGCAAGGGGCCAGGGAAUUGGGGCAGCGUCUGCUGGGAAUGGGACGGAUGAAGGAGUGCGACUUCGGAGCAAUUUGAGCACGGAGAGGAAGGGACGAGAGGAAAGGGUUUGGGGGACUGGGGACCCCAAACGAGGGGAGAAUAGGAGGAGUGGCGGCGAUUUCGAGGGUGGAGAGGGGGGCUUGGGGAGAGGUGAUCCGUUGGUGGAAACUGUGGCAGGGGGAGAGGAGGGGAAUGUGCUGGCCGCGUUGGACUCGCUGAUGGGCGCAGUGCAGCGCACGCUGGCGGACGAGCUGCUCAAGGUGCUGGAGCUGCAGGUGGAGAAGGGGGCAUUGCAGAGGCGGCUGAGGCAGGCACAAGGGAGUGCAGGCUCCUUCCACUACAGGGCUGACUUCAGGGCGGGGGACAGGUCGCCGAGCUCAGGGGUCAGGGACGAGGCGGGUGCUACUGAGACAGACUCCAGCGAUGACAGCAUGGGAGGCAGGAGCAGGCUGACUUACUCAUCUGGUUGCUAUUCCACGGCAGGGUCUUGCUGGUCAGACAGCGACUCAGAGGAUGUGACAUGCUUUGCAGGGGAGUGCUGUGGUACAGUGGGGGUUGCGGGGAGCCCGUCGCCAGUGGGGUGCAUGUCAGAUGAGCUGAUCAAGGCCCUGGAGGUUGUGAGGGGGGUGGAGUAUGCGAUGAAGGCGCAGCCAUCAGUGCUGGUUUCAAGACGGCUGGGGAAGCCGCCAGAUGAGGAAGAGGACCAAGAGGGUGAUGACACUGAGGUGGACGUUUCUCCACGGGGUUUAUCUGGCCCACGACUGCGCCUCCCCGCACCCCGCCCCCUGUGCCGCGGCUUCUCCCUCUGGAGCAUCCUCAAGAACGCAAUCGGUGGUGACCUCACACGCAUCACCAUGCCCUCCACCAUCAACGAGCCCCUCUCCGCAUUGCAACGCCUUGCCGAAGACCUGGAGUACGAUGCAAUCCUCCAACGUGCCAUGUCCUGCACCUCCAGCAUCGAUCGCCUGCUGCACGUCUCUGCAUUUGCGGUGUCCAGCUACAGCUCCAUGCUGCUGCGGGACAGCAAGCCUUUCAACCCACUGCUUGGCGAGACGUAUGAGCUCCAACGCAAUGGUUGGCGGUUCCUGGCAGAGCAGGUCAGUCACCACCCCCCAGUGUCCUGCUUUUGGGCCCAGGGGCCCGGCCCAGGCAGCAGGCAGGGGGAUGGAUUCGAGCUGCAUGGUGAGCUCGAGCUUAGGAGCAAGUUCUGGGGCAAGAGCGUGGCAGUUACGCCUGCAGGGCGGCUGCAGCUGCGGCUGCAAGGCACUGGCGAGGACUUUGUCUGGGACAAGGCCACGGUGUCGAUCAACAACAUCAUACUGGGCAAGCUGUGGCUUGAUGUGCAUGGUGACGUCACUGUGGAGAAUCGCACAACGGGGGAGGUGGCCAGGAUCCACAUGCCGCGCUGCCGCGGAUCACUGUCUGAGCGGGGCAAGGUGCAGGGAUUCGUGUACGAUGCACAGGGGGAGAAGGUGUACAGGAUGUUUGGAUCAUUCAUGGGGGCCCUGCAGGCUGAGCGAGUGGGCCUCAAGGAGGGCGACCCGACCUUUGGCCUGGAACCAAUCGAGCUGUUCAAGAGGGCUGAUCCUCCAGAGGACUCAGAAGAGCAGUACUACAUGACCAGAAUGGCGAUCACGUUGAAUGAUCCUGGGGAUGGUGUGCUCAGUCAGGUAGCUGGGACAGACUCCCGUCUGCGGCCAGAUGUGCGGGCUCUGGAGAAUGGCGAUGCAGACCUGGCAACUUCUGAGAAGCUCCGGCUGGAGGAGAAGCAGAGGCGGACACGUAAGGCAAAGAAGGAGGCUGGAAAGGUCCAUUCGCCGAUGUGGUUCCAGAAGCGGGGCGGAGGCGAACCGGAGCUGGUUCGGGGGGUGGGUCACAAGGGACCAAUGGUUUGGGCGUUUGGCGGAGAGUACUGGGGCCACAGGCAGACCUGCGAAUGGCCAGAGCUGCAGGACAUCUACUGA